AUACAAAGAAAUAAGGCUCUACUGUUCACAAGAAUUCCAUACGAUCUGAAUAUCGACCAUAUUUACUAAUUCUCGAGAGCAUCGUGCUGUACUUGAAAAUAUCACCAGCAGAACUUUAGUUAGAAGAGAAAUAUUUUGUCGUUUAUAAAUGUUCAGAUUGAGAUAUUUUGAUAGCGAACGUGAUGUUGAAAUUGAGAUAGCCUGAUGUUUAAUAUAUUCAGACUAGUUUACCAAUACCAGUUAUCGCAUUGUAUAAUAACCAAACGCCGCUAAGACAUCCGAUAUAAGAAGUUAAAAACGCCGAUGUUUUAUUUUUUUCUGGCUCAAGUUUCACCAAAACUUAUCGGGAAUUCCCCAGUCACUGACCAUGUGUUUCCCGGUGUUUUGAGGCGGCACGUGUUUACGUCGGUCGUCAUUGCAAUGGACGAUUGCUUGUUUUUAAACAUUGAUAUUUUACAUUGAUAAGCAAAAACGCUUGCAAUAUAUGUACAACUGAAUACUAAAGUUUGGGGUGUUUUAUUGGCCAUUGGUGAGUUGAUCAGAAAUUUUUAACCCCUAUUCAAUAUCAGUAUAUAAAAGGUUUAUGUUGAGGUUUCACUCGAGACGGGUGGUCGCCUUGGGAUCGCCUAAACAUAGCUCCAUGCAAAGCAAUCUCAUUUUCUGUUCUUGUUUAGUUGUUUUUAUAAAGUUGGACAGCAAAUCCCUGGUGUAAUGUUUUACGUCGUCUCAGUAAGGUUGGGAACGUAACAUUGACAAAAGAGUACACGUUAAUUAUGCCAAUUACGGCGCGCCAAUUUCUCUCCAUUCGAUAUGGCUUGCUAUUAUUUCAGGCAUUAAUAUUCAUUAUUGAGGAUGGCGUCGUCUGAUAUCAAUGCUGGCGUCUGUUUAAUAAUUAAAAUUCUCAGUAGUUAUUUACUUGAACUGAAUGGAGUUAGUGGAUGGGACUUGACAUAUGUUUAUGAGAGGAAGGGGAAACUGAUAGUUCAGUAGUAUGUUAUUUCUGUACAUUUCUUAUAUUUAUUACAGUUUUAUAAACAGCUAGAUGUGAGAACUGAAUGAAGUAGUGUUGGAAUAUUUUUAUUUUGUCUCGCAAUUUAUCUGUGUACCAGACUAAUACAGGAAUAUAUAUUAUCAAAGGUUAACUUCCAUUCAAAAACUUUGACAAUGGAGAAAACUGGAAAAUUACUUUUAUUAAUUUGGCUAGUAAAUACUAUUUAUAAAUUUAAUUAAUUUAUGGUGUAUUUUUUUCUAGGCCAUCCUUGAUAUAGGUUUUAAAUAUGUAAUUAUAUGGCAUGCUCUUAAUAACACGUUAUUACAAGUUUGAAUUGAUUAGGUUUCUGUAGGAAAUGUCAUGAUAAUUAUAAUGAAAUAGAAAAUGAUUGUGAAUUCAUUAGCAUUUAUGAUGCUAAGGCUAGCUAUGAAUAAUUGUGGUAUGGCUGUAUGGUGUUAGUCAGAGGGCAUUUGACUCAUAUUUAGUCUCUAAAUUUUAAUAUAAAUGUACAAAUAAAUUUGGAAAAAAAAUGAUAGAUUUUUAUUUAUAAAUUUGGUAAAUAGUACUAUAUACUUUAUUAUAUAUUUUAGAGUGCAAAAAAGAACGUUCAUUCUCAUCUUCUGAUAAUUCACUCAUAAAAAUACUAAUUAUGAUUGUUAAAAAGGUUUCUUUUUAUUUUAUUAUAAUCAGAUCUGUUUAGAGUUAUGCUUCGUCAAAUUUGAUUUGAAUCGUGACCUGAAUACAAACUAAGCAAAUCUUUCAAUAAAACAGUACUGAAAUUUACUGAUUUUUUCACAAGCCCUUUUGCAUAUUAUCGUAGUUUCAAAUAAUGCACUUUCUAUGUUUUUCAUAUACUAAUUUUGUUUGUGUAUAGUUCAUUUCUCAAUUCAUAAAUUGUCAACGAAUUGCUGACGUAAGUAUAUAAUUUGCAUUUAUAGUAAUUUGUCAUCAAUAUAAACUUUUUAUGAUUAUGUUUUUUGCUCUGCUAAUUACACUUGCCAAAAAUAGUAUCCCUUCAUACAAACAUACAUAAAAUUAAAUCAUGGAAUGGGAAUAGGUAUUAUUGAUUACUAAAAUAUACGAUUAUGUUUUUCUGUUGAUUAUCUUAUUGUGUUGUUUUGAUAUUAUGGAAUUCUCUCAUAAUGAUUUGCUUAUUGGUAAUACUUUCAUAAUUAGGUUUGAUUAACUUUAUCAUAUUUAAUUUUGUAUUUUGUGAUAAUAGAUUACCGGUGCUAUAUAAAUUAGAGAUCUGAUUAUGAUAAUAAAAGAAUUUUACGCUUCAGUAUCAGAAAAUUAAUCUUGUUUUGAUGAUAUAAUCAAAAACCUAUUAUUUAUUUGUAUGUAAAAUAUGAAUAGUUUUGUUUACAUUGAUUAGCUAAUUUCUUAUAAUCUAACUGAUUUAUAUAUGCUUCAAAUAUGUUUACAUGAAGUGACAUAACUAUCACUUUUUCCCUUCUUUUCUCACUUCUGCAAUGUGAACUAUUCAGGAAGUAUUUCUCCCUUAUAUACAUGAGCUGAAGAUGUUAAUUGCUGUUAGGCAGGAAAUAUAUAUGGCUCAUAAACGAAAUAUAUAGUACUGGUUUAAUAUAAAUAUGUUCUUAAUCUCGUUAACUCAUUCAGUUUACUAAUUUGGUUUAUUGUUUUGGAUUGAGAUUUGUAUUGUCAAUUAUUAAUUAUUGUUUGGAUCAGUGGCCGAAACAAUUCUUGCCUUGUUUAUUUAUUUUUUCAUUUCAAAUAUUAUUAUGUAGUAGUAAGCUAUUAGUAAAGUGCCAAUGCUGCUAUUUCAUGUUCCAUUUAAUACUAGGUCAAAUUGUAGCAAAUUGUAAAGACUCAAGCAACACUAUAAAAUCAUACAAAUUCCAUGCAUCUGAAUCCAAUAACUAGUUAACUAAUCCAAUAAAUGACAUAGCCGCAUGAGAGUCUGUGGUUAGUCAUGUAUAGGGGUGGGCGUUUCGAAUCGAAUAGUAAAUUAUUCGAAUCGGUUCAGAGCUAAACCUCGAAUCGCCGCCAUCUUGUUUUUAUCUUUCCGCUAAUGGUCGAGGUGAAUUCCCCAAGUUUUUUUUCAUUGGAGUCAUAUUUUUUCAACGAAAUUCUAACAUAUGACUAUUUCCUGUAGUGAGGUAUUCUGUGUGAACGCUCAGUAAUCUAUCUGAGUGAUUUAUUCUAUGUCUCCAGUAAUUCCUUGGUUGAGGGAACCAAUUACUAUAAUAAAGUCGCUUACAAUUAUAUAUUUUCAAGUAUUCGAGAUUCGAUUCGAAAAAAUUAUUCGAUUCGAUUCUGAAAUCACAAGGUAUUCGAAAAUGCCCAGCCCUAGUCAUGUAAUUAAGCUGAAAUAACGACUUUUCUUUUUCCAUUCCUAUCUUACUUUUAUUUUAUAUUUUCAUGUGCAGUUUUUUUGAAAGUAGAACUGGUAACGAUAUCUUUAAUACUGUGAUAGGUUCGUGUAGCACCUUCUUGUUUGUUGUUUGGAGUUGCUGUUUGGAACUGUAACAGCACAAGAUUUAGAAAUGGCCAACUUGAAUGAUUUGGAUGAGCAUGUGGAUGUACCAGACUUUCUUCAAAAGGGAGCUUAUUUUCAACUAUGCCAAGAUGUAUUUACAUCAGGACUUCAAUCUCUUCAACGCUGUUUGAUCAAGGUUGAUCAACAUGGAUUCUUUUUGAUAUGGAGAAAUCAGGAACAGGAAGCUCAAUUGCUGGACUGCAGCCAAAUCAGAGAAAUUUGUAAUAACGGCUACCAGGUGAAGGAUCAGAAAGCUUAUACUUUGCUGGAAUCCCAAGUCAGAGAUGGAACAGUCAGUGAUAGAUUGGUGGUUAUUGUAUGUGGAGCUGAUAUGGUCAAUUAUUCCACGUUUCAAUUCUUGGCUGAAGAUGCAGCAACGUCAAAGAAAUGGAUUGCUGGACUUCGUAAACUUAUUCAUAACCCUUUACAAAGAAAUAUAUCAUUUGCGAUGGCUUUGAAAAAAAGUUGGAUGAAAUUAUGUUUCUCUGCAAACAAGAAUGAAAAAAUAUCUGUAAAAAGUAUUGCAAGACCAUUUUCCUCAGGAAGAAAUUCAAAGGCUGCUUUCAUUGCUUUGAAAGAAAUGGGAUUUCCAAAUACAAAAAAUGACUUAAUCGAUUUGAAAGAAUUUACAUUCGAGAAAUAUUAUCAACUUUAUAAACAAUCAUGCAACAGAACUGAUCUUUCACAAGUCUUCAAUAAUUUAAUCGGUGGAGCUAGAUGUAGUUAUGUUGAAAUUGGAUCACUAGCUCAGUGGAUGAAUUCUCAUCAAAGAGAUCCAAGACUCAACGAAAUAUUGGAUCCAAUGUAUGACCAUAAAAGAACGAAACGAUUAAUUAAAAAACAUGAACCUGAUCCUGAGCUGGCUAGAAAAGGUCGACUGACCCUAGAAGGUUUCAGUCGUUAUCUUUCUGGUCUCGAAAAUUCAUCUGUGUUCCGAGAUAGAUUGACUGUAUUCGAAGACAUGGAUCAACCACUGUGUCAUUAUUCAAUUAAUUCAUCUCAUAAUACUUACCUCAAUGGUCGACAAUUUAUCGGGGAUUCUUCCGUCGAUAUGUACAGACAAGUCCUAUUAUCUGGGUGCAGAUGUAUUGAACUUGACUGUUGGGACGGAAAAGGUGAAAAUCAAGGUGAACCUAUUGUAACUCACGGAAAAGCAAUGUGCACGGAUGUUAAUUUUAUUGACGUUAUUCAUGCAAUUAACGAAACAGCAUUUGUAGUUUCCGAUUAUCCUGUCAUCUUAUCAUUUGAGAAUCAUUGCAGCAAACCUCAACAGCUCCAACUGGCAAAAUAUUGCGAAGAAGUAUUCGGUGAUAAAUUGCUUCGGAAACCAUUGGAGGAUUGUCCGCUUGAUCCUGGCAUUCAACUUCCUUCACCAAAUGCUUUGAAAGGCAAAAUUAUAAUCAAAAACAAACGACUAAAAACUGAUGUAGAGAAAGCUCAACUUGAACGUUACUACAAACAUGAAGAAGUUUUGGAAGACGAGGAAGAACAAAGUCAAGUUCAAGAGGAAGAUUCUUCAUCAAUUGAAGAAGCUCAUCCUGAACUGGCAAGACUUAAAUCCAAUCAGAGUUAUGAUGAAAAUCAAAGUGAUGCCGCUAGUCUUAGUGUCGUGGAAGAGAAAUCAGAAGUUGAAAAAUCUGACAUUGAAAUUCAAAAAACACCGGUGACUGAAAGUCUCUCAAAAGGAGAUGGACAGGGAGCAAAGAAAGAUACAACAAUUACAAAAUCAGGAAAAUCCAAAUCAAAAAAGGGACAACCAUUAACAGAAGAAGAUGAAAAAGAAUUGUUAAGAAAUUAUAAAUACGUUGAAACAUCGGCUACAAAUAUUCAUCCUGUGUUGUCUUCAUUCAUCAAUUAUUGCCAAUCCGUUAAAUUUCAAGGGUUCGAGUAUGCUGAAGAGCAAAAGCUCUCCUAUCAAAUGUCUUCAUUCAGUGAAUCUGUUGGGAUUGGACUUUUAAAAACUAGUGCUAUCGAAUUUGUGAAUUACAACAAGCGUCAGCUUAGUCGUAUUUAUCCUCGGGGAAAUCGAGUCGAUUCCAGUAACUAUAUGCCGCAGGUUUUCUGGAACGCCGGAUGCCAGAUGGUGUCUCUUAAUUUUCAAACGUCAGAUCUGAACAUGCAGUUGAAUCAAGGAAGAUUUGAAUUCAAUGGAAUGUGUGGUUAUCUGCUCAAACCUGAAUUCAUGAGACGAGAUGACAGAGUUUUUGAUCCAUUUUCUGAAUCUCCUGUUGAUGGUGUUAUUGCUGCUCAUUGUUCAGUAGAGGUGAUUGCUGGGAUGUUCCUUUCAGACAAACAAAUUGGAACUUAUGUUGAAGUUGAUAUGUAUGGGCUUCCUACUGAUACAAUUAGAAAAGAACAUAGAACUAAGCUCGUUCCCAGCAAUGGACUUGAUCCUGUCUACAAUUCACCACCAUUUGUCUUCAGAAAAGUUGUUCUACCGACUCUUGCUUUGAUAAGAUUUGCUGUUCAUGAUGAAAGCGGGAAGCUCAUCGGCCAGAGAGUGAUUCCACUAGAAGCUUUACAAUGUGGAUAUCGAUACAUUGCACUACGAUCUGCUGGUGGACAAAUGCUUGAUCCUGCUUCUUUAUUUGUUAACAUUGUAUUGAAGAGUUAUGUUCCUGACAAAUACAUAAAUUUUGUGGAUGCUGUUUCUAAUCCGAAAAGAUAUUUGUCGUUAGCUGAAGAGCGAGCAACCUCAAUGAGAAACAUGGGAAUUGAUGAGGAUGAUCUGAAUGACAGUAAUGGCAAAUUAACUGAACGAUUAUCUGCUACAAGCGGAGGAAUGGCCUCGAGAGAAGCAUCUAAACACAAACAUGUCUCUCAGUCUGACUCAGAGAAAAAACUUUCAUUUCAUACCUCUCGUUCUGAUUCAGGUUUUACGAAUAUUGCAACACGCAGAACAUCGGAAAAUAACGGUUCAGAGACUAGAACCAGAAGUCUUUAUCUUUCUUCCACUGGUCAAUCUCAACAACAACCUGUUAAUGAUUUGAUGCAAAGAACUCCAGUAACUGUAGAAAUGUUGAAACAAGAUGCUGCUUAUUUGAAACUCGUUGCUUCUCAGACGAAGGAAAUUCAACGUUUGAAAAACAAAAUGAUGAAGGAAUGUCAGACAUUUGAAAAGAAACACAAAGAAAAGUUGAAUGAAAUGCUUAUAUCAUUAGAAAACAGUGAUCGAGUGCGAUCCAACUCUUUGUGUUGUUUUGCACCAAAAUUACGAGCUGGUAUUCUGAGUGAAGAAGAUUUUAAAACUCGAUUGAAUGCAUUACACAGCGAAGAUCGAGAGAAGGUUCUCAGUUUUCAAAAAAGUCAGAAAGAAGUUGAAACAUCUUGCAUAAAGACUUAUAAGGAUACAUUGUCUCGUAUUAACGAACAUCAUCAAAAACAACAGAUUGAGGCACUUGAACUAGCAUUGAAAAUAACUCACCAAAAUGCGCUUGAAACAUUGAAAGAAGCUCAAGAGAAAGAAAUGAGUGACCUUGCUCAGCGUCAAACCAAAAGUUCAAUGCAUAAUACAAGAGAAAUUAGUUCCAACAAAACUAUAAAGAAAGCUGAAAAAGAUCGUCAGAUCAGAGAAAUAAGCAGCACCAAUGCGAAGAAGUUUGUAGAAGAGAGACAAAUGUUGUCUUUGAAACACACUCGACAGUUUCAAAAAAUUCAGUCUCAACAAGAUGGUGAAGUGGAAGCAGUCAAGAAUGCUAUUAAAAGUUUCGUUGCAACUGAAAUUAAAGAACGACAUUGUGACUUGGAAAAUGGAAACCACGAAAGAGUGAAACAACCGCUUGUAGCUGCUUUGUCAGAUAAUGUUUUUGAAUCAACAAAUUGCAGUGCCAUUGUAGAGUGAUGUCAUUAUUAUUAUAUUUUUUUCAUCGUCUUCAAUUUAAUUUAGUUUUUAAUCACUUCAGUUUUGACUAAUAAUUCAAAGUUUUGUAAGGAGAAGACAUGCUGUUAACUCAACUGAAAGAUUUUAAUUUUUGGUAAUGGUUAAAACGUUAAUUCUAUCACUUGUCUGUAUCAAAAAGAAAUGUACAUUAGUCAUUGUGGACGCAUUGGCAUAGUGACUAAAGCGUUAGACUUAACUAUGAUAGCAUCGCAGGCUGAAAUCUGGGGUUCAUAUAUGUGAAGUGGGCGAAACAAAUUAGUUACCUCCAUAUUGGUACACAUACUUCUGGAGCGCCCAUCUUUAUAUAUAGAAUCAAAAUUAACAAUUCAAUAUAAUCAAGGUUUGAAACAGAAAUAUACCCUAUCUCUCCAUAUUAUUUCACACCCAAAACUUUUAUUUCACUUUGCACUGUGCUCAAUGAAUACUUUUUUCCCUCUUUCUGGAAGCCAUUACCAUAUGAGCUAAUAAAUCUCAAUAACAAAAAACUCAUUUUUGCUUACAAGUUUGAUAUAAAGAUAAAAAUAUUAACACCAUGUAAAAAACUUCAAAUAACUCAUGAUAAACGUACUACACAUCAUUUUAUGGUGAUAUAUAUAUCCAAGAGAUUUAAAUUUAAGUGUUACAUUGACUUUGUUUAUCAUCGCUUUUUACUUUUUGUAUUUUUCCAUUCAGCACCUAUCACUUCCUUGAUAACCUGUGGUGCUAUGGCUUUUCUUUUUUAAUCGUUUAGCUAUGAUAUUAGUUUUUCAAAAACGACGAUCAUGAUGGAAAUGGGCUUCCUUACAUACAUACAGAAGGCUUUUCUAAAAAAUGAAAAUAAAUUCUCAUAAAUUCAUACCCUACCAUUUCAUGUGAAAAAUUAACCCUUUGAUUGCCAGUGAAUAAAAAAUAUAGUCAUUAUAAAUUCAUAUCCUCCUAUUUCAUUGGAAAAUUAAUUUUUCGAUCGCCAGUGAAACAACUUCUUUAUUAAAAUUAGUUAAUGUUGGUUUACAUUGUACCUGUUCUAUGUACCUGUAUAUUACAUUUUUCAACCCUGUGUGAUUUUUAAAUCAAUUAUCUAUUUUAGUCUUCACUUAUAUGGUACUGUUAUUUUCGUCCACUGUAUGUAGUAGUACAGCAUGUGUUCUGUGUUCCUUCAUUUUUCUACUUUUAUCAUGCAUCCGAUACCAUUCUGUAAUAAAUAUUAUUCCCAGAGCUUUCAUCAGUCCAGAACUAAAAAUAAUCACAGCUGUAAAAAUACGUAAGUUGCCUCAAAUACAUUCAUCAAAGCUAACGAAUUGCUGCAACAACUAACGGUACUUGCUUCAACAUUUCAUUGCAACCCAAGGGGUGAUCAUCACCUUGGCAGAAAAAAAUACUGAAGCAUAGCCCUCAAAUGAACUUACAUUUAAAACAUCCCACCGUCAUCAAAUGCCAAUUUUGUUUUUUAACACUGACGUUGUGUUGAUAUAUUUGAGUAAAAAAGAGGAAAAUUUUAAUAAUAAGGAUGUUUUGGAACCAUGCAUACUCUCAAUCUGCGUAAUAAGGUUGCACAAAUUCAUUUUUGAAUAUGAAAUUUAGUUUUAGGUGUUCCUAUACUUUACCAAUAGUAGUACACAAGGCUGCAGUUUUUAUGUAAUUAAAUUAUUCAACUUCAGUCUAAUAAUAAUGUAAUAUUCUGUUAUCUUAUCUUCAAAAGUCUGCUAUCUGGUUGGUCCAGAUUUGUUUUGGGGGUAAAUUAUUUCUUGGUAUUAGAGUAGAGACUGUAGCGAACCAUAUGGUAAUUUUCUCUAUUUAAGCAUUUCCUAUUGUAAUUUAGUUCAUGACUUAAAACAUAAAAGUUUGUCAUGUAUGCAACAAAAAUAUAAUGAGCAAUCCAUUGUGUAGGUAGACAUUUUAAAAUACCAAAUUCAUUGAAUAAUCGCCAGAAAAAAAUUUAUAAAACUGCCACAAAGUUUGAAAACUGUAAAACUAUCGCUGAUGCGCAGCAGUUUAAUCAAAUUGGGAUUAUAAAAUAAAUCAUUACUGCGUCUAUCAAUCGACUAACGACUCUCCAAAGGUUUUUUUUCUAUUCCUAUUUUCUGCACAUCCAAUCACCUGUGAAUUAUAACAUGAUUUAUUCAUUUGAAAUAAUAUUUUAAUAAUUUGUUUUUGAAAUUCUCAUCUGUGAACAUAGUAAUUAUAUUGCUUAAAUAUUUUUGUUUUCAUUUGGUACACCAAUAAAAAAAUGUCUUUCAGGA